UUGACUACAUUGUGUCUGGCUUUAGUUUCGACCAUAAGCGUGAGUACGUGAUUUUGGGAAUUGUUGCAUUAUUUCGCCGAAGCAGAGCGGUGUCAGUACGCGCAUGCGCGCCGGGGCACCAUUCCGAUGAACCGUGAGGAGAUGGUUGGGGGGUGGUCGACCACAAACUCCCUCAUCCAUGGCUGCGGCGAGUUUCAGCGCAUCAACAGGCAAAGUAAACUUAGGACUGUGCACUUUUAAAGCGCCGGUUUUACGAUCGCGGGAACGGCUAAGUUGUUUCGUUGUUUGACAGGAGUCUCGGGCGCGAGCGUUCGCUCUUUCUGCGCACGCAGUGAAAUGUAUCAAAUGCUAUUGUGAUGUAAACUCGGACGCGAGUGCGCGCUGACAAACGGACUUUAAAGGAGAGUAAAAAUGGUACUCUAGUUCACAUUUGCCUGCUCAUUUGCAUUUCACAAGGUUGGACAAGUCGUUUUUCAUUUGUCCGACAGGUAGGAUGUACUGGAAGGUGCUCGGAAUGGGAAGUUUACGAGGCGAUCCCGAAAAAAUUAACGCGAGGAAAUGAUCCUUCACGUAUUUGAAGUUUUGACGUGCGCUGAUUUUGACCUCCCUCAUCCUCGCGACAUCCUUGGCAGUGUUGUUUUUAGUCGUUGACUGAUAAACUACAGUCGCAUUCCCACCAUGGAUGAUUGUAUUCCUGGCAGCAGCGCGGUGAUCCAUCAGGGAAAGUUGGUGUUCGUCGAGGCUGAGUUGCAGGGCGGAGCGCCCUGGGGUUUCACGCUGAAAGGUGGACAUGAACACGACGAGCCGUUAAUCAUAUCAAAGGUAGAGGAGGGCGGCAAAGCAUCUCUGUUACAGCACCCACUACAGGUUGGAGAUGAGGUUGUCAUAAUUAAUGAGGUUGAGUUGAGUGGAUGGAGACAGGAGGCCAUUUCUCUCGUGAAAGGAUCUUACAAAACACUGCGUCUCACGGUUCGCAGGGAAUGUUGUCCAGGUCCUUGCUGUCCUGACUCACGUCCUCUAAGUCCUCCCAGAGACAACAGAUGCACUGGAGGAGUUAAACUACGCAUUAAAAACAGACGGGGUGAGCCUGGUUCUCGACCUCAUUCCUGGCAUUCAACAAAGCUUGGUGACGGCCCUCAGGACUCUGACAGCAUGAUGCAAGUCACCCAGGGUGGUGUGGGAGCUGCCUGGCACCAGAACUACCACUCAAGUGCCUCUACCACAGACCUUUCAGGGUAUGAGACGGGAUUUCUUAGAAAGAGCCCAGAUCAAUAUAGUUCCCGGGGAAGCAUGGAAAGUCUGGAUCAAACUCAUCCUGUCUAUAGCUCCUGCUAUCAACUAUCAUCUUCCAAAUCCUCCAGCAGCAUCGAUCACCUGCACAGUAAGCGAGAUUCUGCAUACAGUUCCUUCUCGACCAGCUCCAGUAUCCCAGAGUACCUUACGGCUGCACCAUCAUUUAACAAAGAGAGGUCAUAUUCCAUGGAAAAUGUUCCACAGAAAGAAGGAAUGCAGCAGGCAGAUUUACGCUAUGUACGUACAGUCUACGACCCGCAACAAGGUGUGUCUGAAGAGCACGAUGUUACCUCAGCAGCACUAAUGAGAACCAAUGAAGGCAGAACACAGUCUAGAAGUGCAAGUGUCCAGGGCAUCUGUCAUCGUGGCAACAACAGUAGUGGAAGCAGUGGAGGCAACACCAGCUCACAACGUCACAGCGCUGGGCCAGUCUGGGAUCCAACACCCAACCAGCUAUCUUAUGAAAAUAUAAAGGGGGUACCAGCACCUCCAUUACGCAGUGACAGCUAUGCAGCAAUUCGUAAUCAUGAACGUCCUAACUCUUGGUCGAGUCUUGAGCAUGCUCGGUCACAGCGGGCAAUUCAUAAGGGUUCCUGGCAUCACUCAAGCAGUUCUGUAGCAACAGGAAAGUCCUCCUUUGGAGCUGAAGGUCAGCUGCACACUGUGAUCGAAAAAAGCCCUGAAAGUAGCCCCACAAUCAAACCCAAACAGAGUAUUCCUCAGGCCACACAACCUGGCCGCCUCAUGUUGCCCACCAGCAUAUACCCUGUUCCACCACCCGAGCCACAUUUUGCACAAAUUCCAACUAGCAACCCUAGCUCUGGUACAAUUUACCCAGCACUGGCCAAGGAGAAUAAAAACUCUCACUGCGACCACUUGGGUGGAAAUGCAAGCGAGGACAGGGUCACAGUUGAAAACGGAUACCAAAGCAAUGGUCCCAGCCCAAGCUCUGUCCAUCCCCACAUUUCAGCCCAACCUAAACUCUCAGAGAGAGUACAAGAUGACACUCAAGUGAAAAGUGUUUACCGCUCUCAUUUGCAGCCACAAGGAACAUCUGUUAUCCUGGAGAGAAGGGACCCCUACACUACUGUUCAACCAAGAAGUGAAAAAUCAAGCCUCUCGCAUGGCAUGGAAGUUUAUGACAACUGCAGGCAACCCAGAGAUGAAGAACAAAGCAAAUACAAUGAGAGAAACAGCCAUCCAGAGACACUUUAUUCAGGUGGGAGAGUACCACUGGGACAGGUUGGACAAAUUUACAAAGGAAACUUAGUCCAAACACAAGGAAGUGACCACAUAAUUAAACAUUCAAGACACUACAGUGAUUCCAUGGCUUUGCAGCAGAGAGGUCAGGACCUUGAUCAUCCCCUGACCAGACUGGAAAAUGCACUUGCUGAAGUUCAACGAUGUGCCAGUCCUGAAAGUACAGUUAGCCAAUCCAGUUUUCAGAGUGAACGUAGCAUGUCUGUGCAGGAGAAAGUAAGUCAUUUUGAGAGGCAGCAAGUUAAACCUCGCAGUCAUAGCAGUGUAUCUCGCCUUAACUGUACAACUCGUCAAGCGCAAAGACCUCUCAGUGCCAAGAGCUCUCUUUCUGGUGUAGAGGACCUGCACAACACGUUGGAGAGCUCUGUCCCUCCUGGGAGAACACGGAGUACCUCUAGCAAGGCAAGCUAUGAUGGGCAUGUAGAAGUGCAGCAAGAUUUGCGGUUGAGACGUGGGAGUAGUGAUUAUGUCCAUAAUCGUCACCCAAAAGACCCUGCUAUAACCCUUCAAAGAAGUAAAAGCACUUUCCAGCUUGGUGAAGAAAAUGGCAAAGACUUCCAUGGGAAAGGCGACUUUUAUAGCAUCUCAGGCACUAUCAAUGACCCAUCUUUUAACAGAGAAUACAGAGAUAGCAUUAAAGAUGCCCAAUCUAAGGUGCUGAGGUCUACCUCCUUCAGAAGACCUGACCUUAGUAUUAACCCUCCACCAGUGCAAGCUAAACACUUGUCCCUGGAGAGGAAAGGACCCAAUACAAGUCCUAAACCUGCUACUUCCCCACACACUCCAAAAGAACGACAUGUUGUACCUGUUGAUAUACCAAAUAGAACCACUCCUCCUGAACUCCCCAUUGUCCCAGCUGUGGGACCUGCUGUUAUGCGCAUUUGUGGACGUAAACGAUUUACAAUGGAAAAGAAGAAACGAUCUUACUCUGAGCCAGAAAAUAUGCAUGAAGUUGGAGUGUUGACCAACGAAAACAUUCAGGCUGAGAGGAAAGCUACCCAGCAGUUACUGUCAAGUGAAACCAGUGUUGCAGACCGGCGCAGGAUGUUUGAACAGGUUGCAAAUCGUAAUGCUGACUCCAGAUUUGCCUCUUCACGGCCUGAUUUGAGGCAGAUGCAGCAAGAUGCCCUUGUUGAGUACAUGGAACGUAAAACAGGUAGAAGAGUUAAUGGACGCUCCAACCGCCCACAAAGCGCUUAUGUACAAUCAGCAUCUUCAACUGACUCACAGAGCCUAACUUCCACUUUAAGUAUGUGUUCUUUGCAAGAGUCAGGAUAUGAUAGUCUUUCUGGUGGUGUUCAUAAAAGUUCCACCCUUCCAACAGCAAUGCAAAGCUCUUUUUACCAAAUCAGACAACAUCCCACACAGUCUGAGUUCCCCAAUGGCCAUCAGUCUCAAAGCAACACAUGUGAGCUUAAGAAACUAGUAACUGAGAAACCAAUCACUGCAAACAUCCCAGGCCCAGCCCUAGCCGGACAUCCCAUUCUUCAGCACCUUGAGGCAGUUUUUGAGAGAGCCACAUCAGCAAGAAGCUCGGGGAGGUCAGCUUCAGCUGAGGAUCUGCUGGACCAUAGCGAAGAAUGGCCAGGUCCUCAGCACUUCCGUUCCAGAUCGUCUCCAUCAGUGGAGAACUUUAAUCUGGACUUCAUGUCCAGAGACCCUCAAAUGUUUGUGGUUGGCCCCAAGGAAUCCUUAGACAACAGGCUGCUGGAGAAUACUGCACCCAAACAGUCAUCGUUAUAUACAACAAUUCCAGAAAAGAGUUAUCAGUUAAACCGGGGUCCUGUCCAGCAAAACACACCUGUGGUGAGGAGAGAGCGACAAAGACAUUCUGACCGACCCAGGGCACAAAGUGCAUCAGGUCUGGCAGCGUCUGUGGGACUUCCUUGCCCUUUUACUUCUCCUGGCACUGCUGCCACACAAGACUGGCAUAAUGGAGAAGGACUGUGUCAGCCAAACCUAGAUUUCAUUGCUUUUCCGGAAACCGGUCCCCAAAGUCCGAAGAAUCCGUCCGGAACACCAGGAGUAAGGCGACAGAACUCCAACGAUACCAGCACUUCAGAAGACACGCUGAAGGACUUUCCAUGUUCGGUGGUUCCUGCAACGUCAAAGUCCACCUUCACCCCGUCACCUCCACACCCUCAAGUCAUAGACACUCCCUCGUCUAACCCAAUUGCAAGGACAUCUGAUUCAAGGCCUCCCACUCUCCCCAAAAGUCCGGGCUCGCAAACAAAGCCACUCAUCUCUCUUCGGAUAUCAGAGUCUAGUCUUCAGGAUGUUCACAGUCCAACUUUGUUACAAGAUGAAGUGUUUUUAGCCUCACCUCCACCUUCUCCCCCACCACCACCAUUACCGAUCAAAGAGACUGAGAUUACAGAGGACUUUCCUCCUCCUCCACCACCUCCCACAUUCUCAGCCGAGGAGGACUUGGGUCGAACAGAAGCUCUACAGUUUUCAAGAUCAUUGAGGCCUAUAAGUGAUAGUGGUAAUCCGGCAAUAAAUGACCUCACACCUCCGUCUGUCACCUCUGACCCUCCGUCCGUUCACAUCACAGACUACAUCGGCACUGAGAAUCAAAUUGUGUCACCAAGUGAUGCUCAUCUAGAAGAGGAAACCUCUCAGAUUUUGGGACUUGACUACCAACUGCUCUCCAGAAGAGAGAGAACUCAAGCCGAACUCCUCGUAGAGACGUUAGCCCAAGAGCUGGUUAGCAAGGACAAAUCCCUUACCCCGCUCCUGGAUACCUGGGCAGGGAAAACCACCCUGGAUCUGAUGGAGGACAUCUUCCCCUCACAUUCGCUGUCUCCGUGGCAACACGACAGGCACGGGAGCGGUUCAGGUGACAGGGCUCAAGAUGGUUUGGGUAGCACAGAUACUCGCUCACAGACUGUUCCAAGAACAAUGGAGACGGACCUGGACGACGAAGAGGCUUAUAUGAAUCAAAAGAAGGUGGAGCUGUUGCAAGCAUUGCACGCUAGCAUACAAUCACUGCAGGUGGAGAGACAGGUGCUGGCAGAACAGCUGAAGAGAUUCAGCGCUCUGGGAGGCAGCAUGGACACUUUAGUUCAGGAACGUUGUAAACCCAAUGAGAAAGAGAAAUAUCGCAUGUUUGUCGGAGACCUGGAGAAGAUCGUAAACCUGCUGCUGUCCCUGAGCGCACGCCUCGCUCGUGUGGAGAACGCUCUGACUGCGCUCAGAGAUAAAGAGAGUCGAGAGAGCGCAGAAGAGAGGGAGUCCCUGCAGCUGAAACGGCAGCAGUUGUGCAGUCAGCAUGAGGACGCUCGCGAGCUGAAGGAUAACCUGGACCGGCGCGAGCGACUCGUUCUGGACAUCCUGGCGGGUUACCUGAGCGGGCCGCAGCUGCGCGACUACCAGCAUUACAUCCGCAUAAAGCCCGCCAUGCUGAUACGACAACGCCACCUGGACGAGCUCAUCCGUCAGGGGGAGGAGCAGGUGCGAAGGCUGGAGGAGAACCUCCCCCAUGAAUCCCAGCCAAAGAACGCUGAGCCCACCUCCAUGACGUCACAAAGUUUUAACCCCACCCACUCACCACGCCCCACCACCGUGACCUCACUCUGACUCUGUACGUCAUGGACCGACGGCGUUCAGAGCUGCUGGGGAGGUUGAGACGGAAACUGAAAAAUAAACUUUUAGACAAUGCACACGAAGAGUGCCUUAAAUGAAGGAUUGACAUUGUGACUGGGAAUACUAAUCUCACAAAGGCUGACAAUAACAUUAUCAAUCUUUAAAGAAAUUGAAGAAAACAUUUUAAAGAAAUGAAGCACAUUUCUCCUCCCAGGUUUUUUAACUGAAGUGUUUCUGGUUUUACGUUCACUAUUCCAAUUAAUGUUAUAUAGCGCCGCUUUAACAUCAUACAUAGUUUUGAAAAAACAAAUAUAAUGUCACAAUGUUGAAAGCAUUAGAAUUAGGGAUGCACCGAUACAUAUCGGCACCGAUAUUGCGUCCAUGUACCAUAAAAGUGCUUAGAUACCUAAAUCCAAUACCUCUUGUAAUGAACUUUCAAUACACAAGACACCAGCAUAUAUUCAACCUCUAUAUUAUUUAUACAUGUUUGUUUAUUUUUAUUAUACACAAUAUCUUUAUUUAUUAUGCCCUUGGUUUGAUAGUGGAUUAAGUAUGAGUGGCAACUGUGGCAAGCCAAUAAAACGGUUUAUUUUUCAUAAUGUCUUUGAGAUAGUUAUUCAUAAUUAUAAAGAAGCUGACCUUAAAUCAUUAUUCUGUGUAGGUUUUGCAAAACAUAUAACAAAAAAGUAUAAGUAUCGGUAUCAGCAAGUACCCAAAAAAAAAUAUCGGUACUUUAAAACAUUGUAUCGGUGCAUCCCGAUUUUACUUUUGAUAUGCAAAAUAGAUUUUUAAAUUUAAUUUGAGGUGAAAUGUGACCCAAACAUUUUUUUUGACAGGUUUUGUGUCCCAGUUAAGGGCAUUUCGAUACAGUAUGCACAGUGCAUUUAAAUCCUCAUGAGCUUGAAACACAAUGCAAACAGCACAGAGAUGCCAGACAGAAUCGCAUUUGACGUCACAGAGAGAAAACACGCAACACUUUUUGUCUGUUCUUCAUAUUCAUCAUAAAUUCCUGUUGUCAUCUGAAAUGGCACCUUUACAGCAAUAGCACCAAUUAUUUAUGAUUUUAGAAAUGUUUUUGUACUCUGUAUGUUGCUGUAUAUAAUCUGAACAAUCCUGUGAUUUUAAAGUAGAUGGUUAAAAAUAAUAGAUGUGGGGUUUUUGUAUGCAAAUUACAGUAAACAUUGUAUGGCUGUAAAAUGUGCUAAACCAUGACAUCUGUUAUAACGGUGAAUAUUUCCCUGAGCUGAUGUUUAAUGGCACUUAAACACAAUAUACAGGACGUAGCUUCAAUGACAAUUAGAAAGCGUGAAUGUUAUUACAGGGUGUUUAUGCUUCCUUCCUAGUUUUAUCACAAUGCACAUCCUUAAACUAUUUUGCCAACUUUUUUGCUGUUGUUUGGUUUAGUUCUUCUUUUUUGAAUUUAUCAUAUAUCUAACCCAUACAACUACACAUGCACACUACAGCAGAUUUUAGAUGCGUUUGUCAUGGAUUUGUUUAUGUAAAGAGCCUGCGGUUGUGAUCUAAUACGCGUGACAUUGAUUUCCAUGACAGAGGUCGAAUCUAAAGAGAGUUUUCAGCCAAGCUUCACGCUGUUAAAAAUGAAGAGCACAGUUGGAAGGCAAAAUAAAUCUAUUUUUUAAAUACAA